AUGGUAGUACGAGAUGUAUAUAAUGAGACGCUAUUUGAAGUUUCAUGGGAGUUAUCUAACAGAGGCAUCGAAUUCAUUCACGGAAAAUGGCUCGUCGAAGGCGCGCCGAACGUGAUUUUAUUUGAUACCAAGUCGGUUAGGAGUAAAUUAGAUGAAUGGAAAGGAGAUCUAUGGAAUAUAGGACAAAUUCCAUGUCCAGAAAUGGAUGAAGAGAUGAAUGAUGCGAUAUUGUUUGGGAAUUUAGUUGCUAAAUUUUUGGAUGAGUUUUCAACUACAUCAUGCUCAACUGCAAUCAUAUCUCACUUCUAUGACUGGCAAUCGAGCGUCGCGAUUCCUUUGAUUCGGGGGCGUCACAUUGAUGUAACAACCAUAUAUAACAUUACCUCUACGGUGCUUGGGCGAUAUUUCUUUAGUGAAAAGAGUUGGCAAGAAGAUAAGCAAAUAGGGAUGAGGGAUGAGGGAAGAAAGAUUGAAAAAAACAAGCAUGGUAACGGAGUGAUGGAAAUAUCUGCGACGGAAAAUAAGGAUAAUACAAAGGGGAAAAAAAUUAACUAUAAUAAUACUCAUUCAAAUGGCAAUUACAAUAACUUUCAUUUUAUAAAUCCAGAUGAAGAAGCGGGAAAACUGGGAAUCUAUCAUCGAUAUGCUGUGGAACGUGCAGCUGCACAUUGUGCAGAUGUUUUCACGUGUGUUAGUUGGGUCGUUGCGUUCGAAGCCGAAAAUUUGAUUCAGAGGAAGCCGGAUGGUAUCCUUCCAAAUGGCCUUGACAUCUCACAUUUCUCAGCAAUUCAUGAAUUCCAAGAUCUUCACGCACGAUAUAAAGACCGAAUCCGCACAUUUGUUAGAGGACAUUUCUAUCACUAUUAUUCGUUUGAUCUCGAUAAUACGUUGUAUUAUUUUAUCUCCGGUCGGCAUGAAUUCAGGAAUAAGGGUGUCGAUAUUUUUUUGGAAGCUUUAUCGGAAUUGAAUGCCCGCUUAAAAGCGUGCAGUUCUCCUAUAACUAUUGUCUGUUUUCUGAUGCUUCCGGCUCCGUAUCACAGCCUCGCUGUAGACGCUUUAAAGGGUCAGGCUGCUACGAAAAAGCUUCAAGAAGGCGUGAAAGAGAUUACAGAACGUGUGGCAAAGAGAAUGUUUGAGAAGGCCGCAAGGUUCAACGGGGAUGAUAUUUCAACAGUAAUAGAUCCAUCAGACUUGUUAACUGAAGAAGACAAAAUCAUCCUCAAACGUCUCGCAAACACUGUACAUCGUUCCGGUCUUCCUCCUGUCGUCACUCAUAAUUUAGUGCAUGCAUCAACGGAUCCCAUUUUGGAUCAUCUUCAUCGACUUAAACUACUCAAUCAUUAUGAUGACAAAGUAAAAAUAAUUUUCCACCCCGAGUUACUUUCAUCGGCUAAUUUGCUGUUUGGGAUUGGAUACGAGGAGUUUGUAAGAGGGUGCAAUCUAGGGGUGUUUCCGAGUUAUUACGAACCGUGGGGAUUCAAAGCGGAGGAAUGCAUUGCCAUGGGCGUGCCAGUAAUUGUGAGCAAUUUAUCGGGUUUCGGAUGUUAUGCAGAAGAGACUUUUGGGGAGAAUGCAAACGAUUAUGGUGUAUAUAUCGCCGAUAGGCAAUCCAAAUCGCGUACCGACGCUAUCAAACAAAUCACAGAUUUUAUGCUACACCUUUGUCAAAAAACACCGCGCCAACGUCAAUCUCAACGAAAUCGUACCGAGAGAUUAUCAGACAUGUUUGACUGGAAAAUUGUUGGAAUGGAAUAUGUGCGGGCAAGAAAAUUGGCUUUAAGACGAAGUUAUCCUGACGCGUUUCUUGGAACUGUUACAGAAUCGGAGGACAGUGAAGAAGAACUGAAAGGAAAGGGACGAAGGGUGUUGAAGCCGGUUGUUGAGCCAUCUUCGCCGAGAAUUCGACAUGGAAAGAUUGUGGACGAUCAACUAGAGUUGUUCAAGAUGGAGAUGGACGAUAUUGAGGACGAAGAAACUUGA